AUGAGCCAAAUUUCCAUGCCCAGCAAGAUAUUAUCACCCGGGAAGCUAGAAGAGGGGGAUAUGACCUACUCCCGAGAAGAAGGUCUCAGCCGAGUAGCUGGUCGACUCGCAGAUCCGGCCCCGCUUGCGAUGGGUGGAUUCGCGACGUCUCUCAUCACUGUCUGCUUCGCCAUGAUGAACCUCCGCGAUGUCAGCAUUCAAACCGUCAACAUUGGUAACUUGUGCUUCGUGGCGAGCAUUGGGCUACUCAUAUCUGCACAGUGGGAGAUGGUUCGGGGCAAUACGUUUUCCUACACGGUUCUCAGUGCAUAUGGCCUAUUCUAUGGUGGCUAUGGUUUCCUGUUACUCCCCACUCUCAAUAUCACCCAGUCUUACGGUGGCCCCUUGACGCCGGAGUACAAUAAUGCAUUCGGGUUCUACAUUCUGAUGUGGGGAGUUUUCAAUACCUUUUUCCUCAUCACCUCCACCGCCUACAACUGUGUAUACGUUCUUAUCUUCGUCUGCUUGGAGUGCUGCCUUCUCAUUGAUGGAUCCUCCUACUUCAUCCUAGCAAACGGCGAUCAAACUUCGUUCCUUCGCAUGCAGCAAGUGUCUGGAGCAUUUGGGUUGGUUGCUGGCCUUGCCGGCUACUAUACUUGCGCUCAUUACAUGUGCGAGGAGGCUCUUCCAUUUCGGCUUCCUAUGGGCCAGUUGAAGAAACGAGGCAAGGCGCGAGAUGAUUGA